UGCUGAUAGCUACUGUGCUCUAUAGUAAAACAAAUUUUGAAACAAUCAAUAUUCUCCAAAUGCUGUUAAAAUUUAUUAAUAAAUAAUAAUCAAUGAUUAGAUGGUACGGCAGAUCAAACGAUAAGAAGGUAUAGAACAGCAUUCACAAGAGAACAGUUGCUUCGAUUAGAAAAAGAAUUUUACAAAGAAAAUUACGUGUCCAGGCCGAGAAGAUGCGAGCUUGCCACCGAAUUAAAUCUUCCUGAAUCGACGAUAAAGGUGUGGUUUCAAAACCGGCGGAUGAAGGACAAACGACAGAGGAUUGCCAUGGCGUGGCCAUAUGCCGUGUACACGGACCCGACGUUUGCGGCCACGGUGCUGCAGGCGGCCGCGGCCAGCGCCCACGCCAACGGCACGCUGCCCGACAUAGCGGCCAUUGCCAAUGCCUACCAGUACUCGGCGGCAGCGGCGGCCGCGGCCGCUGGGCCGUCGUACUUCCACGGCCAUGGAGGUGGCGGUGGAGGUGAGUACGGUAAGUUCCAGCCUCAGCACUACGUCGGUCCGGUUCCACCUCCGCCACCGGCACCGCCGACCCAGUCGCUUCAGCAGAUGAUGAAGAAACCGUUCGGACCAUUCGUAGGCCAUCAUCACCAUCAUCACCAUCACCAUCAAUUCGCGGCCGAUGCCACUGCCAUGGCCGCAGCCACCGAUGCCUCCACGCCUGAAUCCAGCAACGGUCACCAUCACGCGGCAACCAGUUAUGACGACCACAAAGUUGCAGCGGCCGAUCACAAAACGCCUUCGGCCACGGUAGACAACAACAAAACGACGACUUCGGCGGCCGCGACGUCAUCGUCGUCCUCAUCGUCGGCCGCGGACGCCACCGAUUUUUCCGUUGCGACCGCCGGUACGAGCUGCAAGUGCGGAAUAGUUGAUUGCGUACUGACCACUUCCGGAAAACCGGUCAACAAUAACGGCGCGACGGAAGAGUCUACGACACCGGCCACCGCUGACCGCGGCUUGCCAUCACAGCCGUUUUUCAUGACUUCCGGCGCAACUGAAACCGGUAGGGACGACAUACAGUCGGCAGAAUGUUCAUUGGCCGUCCACAAGCACGUCUACCACAAGGAGUACGCCAAAAACAAACUGUUCCAGCCCUACAAAUCGGACGUGACGACCGCGAAACUCAAUCUGUAAACUAUAAUAACACUACAACUAUAAUAUAACACACACAAAGUAUAAUAAUAUUAUUAAUAUUAGGUACUUAUUAAGUACUGUUACUUAAUUAUAAAUAGUACGAUUUACCCGUUGUAACACUAGUCUAAAAAUUAGAGGGAAUCGACCUAUUAUGAAACUUGAUGGUAAAUACAUUAUCUGUGUUUGCAUGUCGGUUUUUUACGAUAGUUCAGUUUUUUAGUAAGUUAUUCGUAUAU